GUUAGCCCCGCUCCGGCCGCUCCCCGGCUUCCGGGGCGCCUCGUUCCGGGCCGCCUGCAGUUUUCCACGGGUCUUCGGCGUCGGCGGAAGAGGACCCCGCCUGUCCCCCCCCAGUGCCCCUCCCCCAGCCCGGCGGGGAGGCGGGGCCCCGGAGAGCCGUGACCCGCGGGCCGGGGUCGCCGGCACUGCCUAGCGUGGCUUCUCCCCUUGACCUCUCCUUGGCCGGAGGAGGUCUUGGAGGCUCAGAAUUUGUAUUCAGCCCUCACAGCCAUUCCCUCAGUUGGCCCACGGAGGAUCACCUUUCUCCUGGAUCUUUGUAUCACCUUCCUCGUUGGCCUUUCUACCUUUACCCUCUCCCUGCAGGUCCUCAUUGUGCCACCCAACUUGUCUUUGAUGCUUGCCGACUUUGCCACGUGACAACACCUUUUCCCUAUUUCCUCUUGGCCCAGUUGUCAUAAGUGCCCAGCUGCUGAGAGCAAAGCCGCCCCCCUUGUGUCUUCUCAGCUAUCUUAUUUUUAAAUUUCCAUUUCUUACCCUUCAGAGAACAGUAACCAUUCAAAUAACCUUUAAGAAACAUGCUCUGCUUCCUAUAUAAUCCUAUGCCAAGCCAUGUCACCCCCACAGGGAUCCCGUCCUCUCUAAGGAAGUCUUUCCUGACCAGACCCUGAUAGACUUUUAGAUCACAUAGAAAUAGAGGAAAAUUCUCCCAGUACAUUUUGAGUGUUAUAUUCCAAGUCAUUGUCCCUGCCCCUCCAAAAUGUACUAUUAAAUUAGAUUUGUCUUUGGGAAGGGAAAUCCAGCAUUAAAUCUUUGUAGCAGAAACCAGUAAAGCGUUGUUACUUCCAAAUCUCGCUUUCCUCUCCCCCAACCCCCAGUCCAAGAAGGUAGCACAUGCUGAACUGAGAAGCAAAGAGGUACCAGGUAAAAGGUUUUGGCUAUAAUCGGAAACUGUGAAAAUUUUUAAAAGAAGCUUCUUUUGGCAAGGGAUAGCAUUUCUUACCACGUUCCUUGGUGUUGGGCUUUGAGAGUAAUAUUCUAGCCUCACAAAACAUUUUUGUUGAAAAGCAUUUAUUAAAAGCUUGUAUAUUUCUCACUGCCCCACCGAGUCUCAGGAGUGAAGAGGAGAGAACAAGGAUUUUAAAGUUCUGUUAUCUACUUUCUGCUGUCUUAGAAGUUCUGAAUUGCCAAGAACUCAGGAAACAAGUAAGGUCAGGAUCCCAUCUGUUGAUUGUAUAAAAUAUAUGGUUAAAAUGUCUGGGAAGCGUAAGCGUGUAGUGUUGACAAUUAAAGAUAAACUUGACAUUAUAAAGAAACUUGAAGAAGGUAGCUCUUUCAAACGACUUUCAGUUGUUUAUGGGAUUGGUGAAUCAACAGUUCGGGAUAUAAAAAAGAACAAAGAAAGAAUUAUAACUUAUGCAAAUAGCUCAGAUCCAACAAGUGGUGUAUCCAAACGCAAAUCUAUGAAGUCAUCCACCUAUGAGGAACUUGAUAGGGUUAUGAUAGAAUGGUUCAACCAGCAAAGAAAUGAGGGGAUCCCAGUAUCUGGAACAAUUUGUGCGAAGCAAGCAAAAUUCUUCUUUGAUGCUUUGGGGAUGGAAGGUGAUUUUAAUGCAUCAUCUGGCUGGCUAACCCGUUUUAAACAGCGGCAUGGCAUUCCGAAGGUUGCUGGUCAGGGUACAAAGUUAAGUGGGGAUGAAACAGCAGCCAGUGAAUUUUGUUGCAACUUCAGGGAAUUUGUUGAAAAAGAGAAUCUACAGCCAGAGCAGAUUUAUAGUGCCGACCAAACUGGAUUAUUUUGGAAGUGUCUGCCAUCAAGGACAUUAGCUUUUGAAACAGAACACAGCACUUCUGGGUACAGGUCGAGCAGAGAGAGAAUCAUCAUCAUGUGUUGUGCUAAUGCUACUGGUUUACACAAACUUAAUCUUUGUGUAGUGGGGAAAGCAAAGAAACCCCGUUCAUUUAAAGGAACUGAACCUUCCAACCUCCCUGUCUCUUACUUCAGUCAAAAAGGUGCAUGGAUAGAACAUCCUGUUUUCAGACAAUGGUUUGACAAAAAUUUUGUGCCACAGGUAAGAAAGAAUUUAAAAGCCAAAGGGUUGCUGGAAAAAGCAGUAUUGCUUUUGGAUUUUCCACCAGCUCAUCCAGAUGAAGAAAUCUUGAGUUCAGAUGAUGGUAAAAUAUUUGUGAAAUAUUUGCCUCCUAAUGUGACAGCUUUAAUUCAACCUAUGAGCCAAGGAAUUUUAGCCACAGUAAAGAGGUAUUACCGAGCAGGACUUCUUCAGAAGUACGUGGAUGAAGGUAUCGAUCUUAAAAUGUUUUGGAAGAACCUAACUGUGUUAGAUGCUAUUUAUGAAGUGUCAAGGGCAUGGAAUAUGGUGAAGUCAGUGACCAUUACUCGAGCAUGGAAUAAACUUUUCCCUGGUAGUGAGGAAAAUAUAGGCUUGAACUUUGAUGAGGGAGCUAUUUUAGCAGCUAACUUAGCCACAGUUUUACAGCAUACAGAAGGUUGUGAAAAUGUUGAUAUUGAAAACAUUGAAGACUGGUUUGAAGCUGAGAAUGCUGAACCGAGUUAUGAUGUAUUAACAGAUAGUGAAGGAACACAAGGCCAGGUAGACCAAGCUGAUCACGCAAGUAAAAAUGAGGAGGUAGAGGAAACAGAGCUUAUUUCACAAAGGCAUAUUAGCCAUAAAUCUGCUCUUGAGUGGACUGAGAAUUUACUAGAUUACCUGGAACAGCAGGACGAUAUGCUUCUGUCUGACAAACUGGUAUUAAGAAGGCUUCGAACCACAAUAAGAAAGAAACAGAAGACCCAAAAUAAUAACAAAAGUCAGUAACAGCAUUUUUAAGUGUUUGUGACUUUGUGACUAUUAACUUGCACUGAAACUUCAUCAUUUAGUGUUGUUAAUUCCAAAGCCAAAUACAUUUUAUAAAUGAGUUUAGGAUUAGCAAUGCCACUGCUUUCUUCCAGUAACACUGAUUAUUAAGAGUUAAUCUGUAACCUUCCAAUUGUUUCUAAUCUUUAUUGUAUUAAUUACAUCGUGUCUCAUGAGGCUAGUGAUCUUGUGUCUUGUUUUGUACCCAAAUGACGCAUAGUCUCAUAUAGAGCCAUUUACUUUUGGCUUCUCAAUAAAUACUAACUGAAUUGUAUAUUCGCUGACCUCAGUGAACCUUAGUUUUCAAUUUUAACAUAUAGGAUAAGUUUUUUAUUCCCAUGACAUUUCUUCAUAGGAAUACUUCAAACAACUCCACAAGAAUUUUGCUUCAAAAUGUUCACCAUUAUAAAAACUGGAUCAAAAUGGUGGGAAAAGGCUGAAGCUUUCAAAAUAUGGAAAGACUGAAAAAGUGAUAUUUAGAAAAUCAGUGGUCCAGCUUUGAUGGAGGUGAAUGAAGAAGCAAAAUCAAAAUGUCUCUUUUCUGAAACUGUUUUCAUCUUCACCUCUGAGGGUGGAACUAUUACAUUCUCCUGGGAAUCCUUUAUUUUGUCUAUUGAUCAUACAGAAUUAGUUUCUGAAAAGUGGAAUUGGGAAUAGUGCAUUAUGGGUAUGGGACUGGUAGGAGAGGAAAAACAUUUCUUAUCAGGCAGCAUAAGCAUAAAUGCUUCAUUCAUAAGCAGAUCAUGCCAGCAUAACUUUCUUGCCAUUUGCAGGCCUCUAACUCUUUAACACACCAGGCAACUACUAAUCACCAGGUUAGGGUAAUUUGUGUAGGGAAAAACUCUCAGGAGAAAAUCGUUAGCAAUUGGCAAAUUUUAAGUUAGGGCUUAUACUUAGACUGGUAAAGAAACUUAGCAUUCAAUGUAAAAUGAGAAAAAUGAUUUUGAUCCUAACUGAAAAUUAUUUUGGUAUUAACGUUCUUGCCAAGACAGUCAACAGGAUUUUAUUUAAAAAUUUAUUCCUGUAUUAGGAAAAUAUAAUUUUUUAGUGAUAUUCACAGUUCAUUAAGCUGUCUAGUUUUUGUUUUUUUAAACUUUAAGUUCGCCCAGAACCCUGAGAAUGUUGGUUGAAAUUAGUUUGAGUCAAGGGGAUUGCCAUCUUGGGAAGGUAGUAGGACUGGAGCUUUAGGAUGUGGGGAAAUGAUUGCAUUAUGAAAGAAAGCAUCAGAAAAGAGCUUGGAAGCUAGUGGGUAUGAUAACCAGGGCUGGCAAAGUGUGCAACUCAAGGAGGAAGCCAUUUCUUCAUUUUCCAAUUUGAGAGUUGUCAUUGGGCCCCACUUGUACAAAAAAAAUCUUCCUAAUCAACCUGCUCCUUGUGGCUAAAAUUUUCACCAUUAAUUCAUUGCAUAGUGAUUGCACCAGUGGCACUUGCACAAACACUUAAGUGUUGGACUGAAAAAAAUGGAACUGCUUUGAGUUAAAAAGCAUUUUUGUAUGGCCUUUGGUAAAAUAUGUGUUGUCUGAGGACAGACAUUGCAUAGUUUAGUUUGCCAGAUUAGUUAGCUGUUAGAAGUCUGGAAUGAAUGAGGCACAGGACAAGUAAGGUUUAUGGGAAAAGACAUACAUAAGAUCACACAGAAAUUUCAUGUAGGAUUUGAAGUCAGGCCCUCUUACUGCAAUGCCUGUCUUUUUUCCUCUGUAACCUUGCUCUCUAAGAAGUAAUAUACAGGAUAUUUAGAAAAGGUUACUUUGGUAAGUGUCAUAGUGGAGUGAGAACUAGGAAUCAGGAAGAUGAGUUUUAAUCUUGCCUCUAACUCUUACUAGCUGUGUGACCCUAGGCUAGUCACGUAACUUUUCUUGACUUCAGUUUCCCUAUCUGUACAAUGGAGAUAGUACCUAUAUUGUAGUGCUGUGAGCAUCAACCGAUCUAAUAAAUGUACAUUAUUUUGCCAUCCUUAAAGCACUAGGUAAGGUUAGCUACUACUACGGCGCUAAAUCUGAACUGAAUUCAGUGUUUUGGAAGCACCAUUAUUUGGCAUGUUUUUAUUCAAAAAUGUGAAAAUCAGCUGUAAUUGGUGUAAUAUUUUAUUAUAAUUUUUAAAUGUAACAGUUUAGUUGGUGUUGCUUUAGGACAGCAGUGCUGGAACAUGAACUUUUUUUAACUAAAGAUUACAAAUUAUAAUAAUAGCAUUUAUUUUUAUUUAUUUUUUUAGGGAAGAGAGAGCUUUAUUCUGUCCACAUGUUUUGUAUAUACAUUCAGUUUCAGCCCACCAGCCAAUUGAAAAGUCCUUCAUCAUGAUUCUUAAGUGAAUAGUCACAGGACACCAGAUCCAAAAUAGGAAGAACCCUUCCAUCACAUUACACAUUCCCAAAAGCAGGAUCACCAAGUCACCUUGAGUUGAUGCACAACAGAUAUACAAUAUAAGCUCAAUAAACUGUGUUUCCAUUGGCCAAUAAUACUUUUUUUUAAAUUUAAUUUAUUUAUUUUUAGUUUUCAACAUUCACU